UGGAGUGUGCUAUAAUGGCGGACUCAGAUACAUCUCGAGUUGGCCGUCAAAGAAAAAAACGAACAUUUUUCUCACCCGAGGUGGUACCAACGAGUAAGAAACCAGCAAAACGCUUCGUAAAAGAUGUUGACGUUGGCGACCAGUCUCUGCGUUUAAAUCGCUUGAAAGCCCGUCUCUUGGACGCAAUCCCUGACAGAGAUGAGCCGGACGCCGACUCGACGACACUGCGCCGAAGACACAUAACAAAUAGAGACGCCACCGUGUUUUUGUUAGAUUUGUUUGAGAGAGCUAUUGCUGAUCCAGUGGUAUUACAAAGCACUCUUGGAUUAACCACCAGUCAAGGAAAUGAAGAACAGUUGGUUGGAAAUGGUUCAGUAAAAGAUCUUCAAACGUCAUCAAGAGUUCAUGUGAAGAUAGAACCUGCAUGUGAUUCAAGUAAUUCAACUGAUAAACCAGAAGCGGAAGAACAGUCAGUCACAAUAGAUUACCAAGUUGUGGCAACAAAUGAAACCAAAGAUAAUGUAGAACUAAGAAGGAAUGAAGAGCAGUGUGUAAGUUUAAGUGGAAGACCACGUAGGAAAGCAGCUGAGCUGACCAAGAAACUGACCCCAUGGUGGAAAACGAUGGAGGAGCAGUCUGACAAAAAUGACAUUGAAAUGAAUGAUAAUAGUAAAGAAUUGGAGUCAGGGGAGGAGAUGAUUGUGAACCAAAACAUUGUUUAUGAUGAUGAUAAUAGCAUGGAAGAAUGGGAAAUAAAAAGAAAACAAAAAGAUGAUGAUGAAGAUUUCAUCCCAGAUAAUGAUAGAGAUGAUAGCAAUGAAAGCAGUGAUAGUAGUCAAUUUAGUGACUCAAGUGAACAUGAAGAAGAAGAUGAUUGUAUUCCAGAUGAAGACAAAUAUGACAUAGAAGCUCGUCUUGAGCUAAAAAAAAAAAAAUUUGCACCACAUUACAAAAUUGAUGAGGAUGGUUGGUUUACAUGUUUGUUGUGCACAGGUAAAUAUCGAUGUAAACAACCCCGGAGUUUGCUAAACCAUUACCAAUUGCACGAAGAUAAGAAAUUGAAUUGUCAUCUGUGUAAUUUUGUUGCUGGUAACAUGAUUGGUAUAAGAAAUCACAAAAUAUCACAUGGCCCAAAAAACUUUAAAUGUGAAGUGUGUCAUAGAAGAUUCUUUGAUAAUAAUGCAAGGGAAAAACAUUUUAUGCGUUAUCACACACCAGAAAAUGAGAAAACAUAUGUGUGUCCACAUCCUGACUGUAAUAAACGUUAUGUUCUGAAAAAAGAUUUGAAGAAUCAUCUAGGCAAUCAUACAGGAGAGAAGAUGUGUCAUAUCUGCGGCAAUCGGUACACUACAAGUGUGUCUCUGAGGAGACAUAUCAUGAAUGUCCAUGAGAAAGACAAAAAUGCUAAUAAAAUCAUAUGUGAGAUAUGUGGGAAGCAGUAUGCUGCUUCAAGCAAGCAUGUGUUUCGAAUACACAUGAUGCACCAUCGCAAUGAGAAACCAUACAAUUGUCACUUCUGUGGUAAGGCAUUUUGUGUACAGAAGUAUGUAUUGGAACAUGAAAGAACACACACUGGUGAAAAACCAUAUAAAUGUGAAAAGUGCGACUUUGUGGCUGCUAAAAAGGCACAAGUUGAUUCUCACAUGAAAACCCAUACAGGCGUGAAACCAUUCAAAUGUCAACAAUGUAAUUAUGCCAGUACUUGGAAUAUACAGUUAAAAACUCACAUGGCAGCUCAUUCUUCACUUUCUGCUGUUUCUUGUGAAAUAUGUGAUAUCUUGUUUAUUAAUAACAAAUCUUUAAAUAUUCACAAUAAGAAAUACCAUAAACAGAUUCAGAGCUCUGAAAAUGAGGCAUCAUGUUGUCAUGGCAACAAUACUGAUGUUGAGAUAUUGUAA